AUGUCUCUUUGGAUGCUCGACGUGCUGGCUCUUUUGCCCCAAAGCUGGCAAAACUGGAUCCUCCCCCCAUCUAGCAUUCCGACUGUUCAAAAUGACCCGUCAAAGGUCCAACUAAGCCGCAUCGCGCAUGUCUACUUCGACCAUCAUGACCUAGACGCCUUCGCCAGGUUUGCCAAAGAUUUCGGAUUCGUCGAGGCAGAACGCAGGGGCACGACCAUCUACUACCGCGGCUAUAGCAGAGACCCUUAUAUUUACGUCGCCUCGCAAAGCGGCACAUCCAAGUCCCGGUUCAAGGGCGCGGCCUUCCUCGCAAAAGACCAGGAAAACUUCAACAAGGCCGCGAAGCUACCAGGCGCCAUCCGCAAGACACUCGAUGACGCCCCGGGCGGCGGCGAGAUGAUCACCUUUGCGCGUCCCAACGGGACCUUUCUGCAUGUGGUGUACGGCCAGGCCGAGCGCGAGAUCGACGGCGAGAAAGAACCACCGACGGCAACGCACGAGUCUCAGGGACCGUUCAAUUACCCCUUUGAAAAGCCUCGCAAGGGCCAGUUUCAGCGAUACCGCGACGGCCCGGCCCUGGUUCACAAGCUGGGACACUACGGCUACGUGUGCAAGGAGUUCCAGACCGAGCUGGAGUUCUAUACGGGCAACUUCAACUUCGUUCAUUCCGAUAUCUUGUAUCUGCCCCAGCUCCCGGAUCGGGACGUCAUGACGUUCAUGCAUCUCGAUCUCGGCGAGGAGUAUACCGACCACCAUACGUUAUUCCUGCAGCGUGCUCCACCCACGGUUCGCGAGACAUAUGUCCAUCAUACUUCGUUCGAGGUGGCAGAUUUCGAUACACAGCUGAUGGGCCACCACCAUCUUGCUAAAAACGGGUGGAAGAGCGUGUGGGGUGUUGGGCGGCAUAUCUUGGGGAGUCAAAUCUUUGAUUAUUGGUAUGACAGUUCCAAGUUCAAGAUUGAACAUUAUGCCGAUGGGGAUGUGGUGAAUCAAGAUAAUCCAACGAGGAGAGAAGCUGUUGGACCGCUGUCUGUUUGGGGUCCGGAGCUGCCGAAGGACUUUGGAGACAACAAAGCAACAUGA